ACUAACACUUUCAUUUAAUUUUUUUAAAAACUAGUAUGAACUCGGAGAAUUAAUUCUUUGCAGUCGUAAAAAAACUUUCGUUUGUGCCUUCGCACUAAAAAAUCCGGUUGUGCAAACGCUAUGACACAGAGGGCCGCUCAUUAAUUGUGUUAUAAAAUGGCUGAUUAUGAUGGCAAUGCUUCACAAACAGGAUGGAGAAAAUGGAUUACAUUUGCCUGGGUAACUACUCCAUUAGGGCUUCUUAAAAUAGCUGAGUUUGUGGUUUUAUUACUGGCAUUAGCUAUAAUGGGUAGUAUUCCAGCUAUGAAAGGAGGUGAAACUCCUGCUGUUAAAUUUUUUAUGUUUGUUGCAUCAACUUCUGCAAUAUCGGUAUUCAUAACCAUUCUACUAUAUUUGUUAAACUUGUUUAAAAGAUUGCCAUCAAUUGUUGUGAGCAAUGCUGCUUUUGUUAUUUGUUGUGGUAGGUUGUGUUAUUGUUAUAUUGCUUUUGUUAUUUGUUGUGGUGUUGCUGUUCUUUCACUUUUGAUUGCUUCCAGUGUUUCAAUGACAUAUCUGAAAUCAGAGGAUCGUGCUUUGGCCGGAGGUUCGUUUGGCUUGAUUGCUAUGUUUCUUUUUUUAUUUGAAUUUGUUUUUUAUUUCAUAAAUCUUCGCAAAAAUGGGCCUAGAGCAUCCACUUCAAAUCCAAUUUCGGGUGCUGAAGAUUUGAUUCCACCAGCAUAACUUAAAUGCACAAUGGUACCUGCUGAAUUGUUAUUUAUAUAUUUUUGUUUUACAAAGGAAUUAAAAUAUAUAACUAAAUAUAUUGACAUACCAAGGAUAUUUUUAUAUAUAUUUCUUUCUAAGAAGAAAAGCAUUAUUGUAGAA